AUGGAGUAUCUCUCAAGGAUUAUGACUAAGAUUGGCCAGAAGCAGGAAUUCAAGUUCCAUGAAAGAUGUGGAAGUCUACAACUCAACCAUUUGAACUUUGCAGAUGAUGUUCUCCUCUUUUGUCAUGGCGACUUUAAGAGUGUGUACUUCAUGAUGCAAGGCUUAAAAUUAUUCUCUCUCACAUUGGGACUUCAACCGAACCCAUCAAAGUCAGUGUUCUAUUGUAGUGGUAUGCAAGAAGCUGAAAUUCAGAGGAUAAUCAAUGCAACUGGAUUUGGUAGGCAAGUUCUUCCUUUCAAGUACUUGGGAAUUCCUAUAUGUGCUAAAAAGAUUUCAGGGAAAGAAUGUAGUCUACUUGCAGAAAAGAUGGCAGCUAGAAUUAAAACUUGGAGUACUAGAAACAUCUCAUUUGCAGGAAGAGUUGUACUCAUCAACUCGGUCUUACUCUCCAUACAUACCUAUUGGAAUCAAAUCAUGAAACUUCCAAGGGAAGUAAUUACUGAACUUGAAGCAAUAUGCCGAGCCUUUCUUUGGAAGGGUCAAAGUAUGAUGCAAGGUGCAGGACUUGUGGCAUGGGAGAAGGUUUGUUCUCCAAAGAAGGAAGGGGGUGUAGGCUUCAGAAAAAUACCAGAAUGGAAUCAAGCUGCUUUAUACAACUGGUAUUGGAAGCAGGUGGUGAAUGCAAAAGACAAAAUCAAGAGCAUGAUGGAUAUUCAACGGUUUGUUGGAACCCGAUAUUCCAUUGCUGAGGGAUAUAAGAUGCUCUGUCCAGUUCAGCCGAAGAUCACCUGGGAUAGAAAGGUUUGGGGAAGCUCACUGCUUGCUAGAAGUAAAACAAUGGUUGCAAUGGGGCUCGCAAUGCAACUCAAUGCAGCAGCUGGUGAGAGGGAUAAGAAGAGCAAAGCUGUCAAGUUUAAGGAAGAAGGUCCUUAUUUCAAUGAGGAUGCUAUUUGUUUGUACAAAUGA